AGAAGUAUGAAAAUGUAGUUUGUUUCCGGUUGAGUAGGAGGUUCCGUCAACACCGUGCAGAACUAUCAAAAAAUGCAGAAUGUGAUUAAUGCAGUGAAAGGAACAGCUCUUAAUGUUGCCGAGAAGUUUACACCUGUGUUAAAGGAGUCAAAAUUCAAAGAAACAGGAGUGAUCACACCUGAGGAGUUUGUGGCAGCAGGGGACCACUUGGUGCACCACUGUCCAACAUGGCAAUGGUCGACCGGUGACGAAUCUAAAGUUAAACCCUACCUCCCCAAGGACAAACAAUUCCUCAUCACUAGAAAUGUGCCAUGUUAUAAAAGAGUAAAACAAGUAGACAGUCACAAAGAAGAACAGGAGAAAGUCAUAGAGGCUGACGAUGAAGAUGGCGGAUGGGUGGAUACGCAUCAUUACCCAGAUCCAGGGGCAACAUCUCUCCAGGAGGCUGUACAGGAAAUGACCUUGGACAGCAAGGACAAAACGGGGUCGUUAUCAGCCGAGGAAGGGAAGAAAGCUGCUGAUGAUGAUGACGACGAUGAAGAUGAUGAUGAAGAAGCCAUGGACAUGGAGGCAUUCGAACAAAGUGGGAUGUUAGAGGAAGAAGACAAUGCCGCCUUGGACCCCACCACCAUGGUGAGACGACAGGAUUCGGAGAGUGGUGGUAUAGAGAGUGGAAUAUUACAGACGAGGACGUACGACCUUAACAUCACGUACGACAAGUAUUACCAGACUCCAAGACUCUGGCUGUUUGGAUAUGAUGAGAAUCGCAAACCUCUUACUGUGGAACAAAUGUAUGAAGACUUCAGUCAAGAUCACGCAAAGAAAACAGUUACCAUGGAAGCCCAUCCACAUUUACCAGGACCCCCAAUGGCUUCAGUUCAUCCUUGCAGACAUGCCGAUGUGAUGAAGAAGAUUAUCCAGAUGGUGGCAGAGGGAGGGGGAGACCUCGGGGUCCAUGUAUACCUUAUGAUUUUUCUAAAAUUUGUGCAAGCAGUGAUUCCAACAAUAGAGUACGACUUUACUAGGGACUUUACCAUGUGACCAGCAUUUACCACAUGUCAUGUGAUCAGCU